AUGAUCAGUGAGAAUGAUUUGUGAAAUGGUCUGAUCUUUGCUCGGAUUUUCUAGUAAAAAUCUCUGUCUUGCAAGAGUGGAUACAUCCUAAUGUCAGGUGAUGAUGGGUUCACGUUCGUAAAAUAUAAACAUCCCAGAAAAAAUAAACACAAGUCACUUGGAUUCUUUGAAGAAUUUUCUUGUUCCAAAUCACAAACCUCUGUCAAACAACUGGAUGUUCUCAUCAACUGUAUUUGUCAAUGCAAAGUUGAAUUAAAAAGCAGUACAUUUUACAAAGAAUUGCUUGGGUCAUUAUCACAAAUACUUUCUCCUGAUAAAGCAGCAAAUUCUGGAGAGGUGUCACUGAAUUUUCAGGAUUGUGUGUCAUAUGGAAUUGGAAGGAUAUCUGAAUGUCCCAUAGCCAGAUAUCAGUUUGCUUUAUUGGUCCUGCUGUGGCAGCAUUUCAGGCCUGCUGGAAAAUGCUAUAUUUAUGAUCCAGUUUUUGGAAAUCUUGAUCAACAAAUUAUCAAACAUUUUGAACUGGAAUUAAUUCCAAGAAAUGAAGAAGCGAAGCGAUGUGUUGCUCAGAAAACUUUGUUUUUUGUACCUCACUGUGGAAAACCCAUUUACAAUAAUAUACUGUGGGCAAAUUGGGGAGUUGGCUUAGAAAAUGUCAUUAUUUUUGGAAAUAGUUUUGCAAGCUAUCAAGAGCGUUUACCAUUGCGUCAAUUGAAGUCAGAAGCAAGCUACAUUGCCGAGAUUCUUUCAAUGACACAUGAAGUGAAGUUGCAGAUUUUUACGAAUCAUGAUGAUAUUUUUAAUGACACGUCAUUGCAUUACUGGGUGGCUGAUGAGCUUCAUAAAAAAUCAUCAUCAUUUUGGAGUAACUAUGAAGAACCAGUUUAUCAAGAAAGUUCAGAAAUUAUCUUAGAUAAAUAUUAGGUGAUGUACAUAUUAGUUGAGGGUACCUAUAGGACCAUACAAAUUCAGGACCAUUAGUUCAGCUCAUGUAGAAUGCUCAAUCUUUUUGAAGAAAAUGUUUUUCAACUUAUUUCCCCUCAUAAAAUGGUCAUGGUCAAAAUGUAAAGAAUAAGCUGUUAGAAGAUGUUUAUAUGUUCACCCCUGAUUUUUUAGACCAUAUUCACAACAUUCACUAUCCAAAUUUAUAACUUGGCAAUCAGGCCACACAGGGGACAGUUAUAAUAGACACAUACGAAAAACCCUCCAAU